AGACGACACCUCCCAAAUACCGGUCUGUCGUGGGGAUAUUUAUGGGAAUACCUUACGGCUUAUUCCUGGUCGUCUUCGCCAUCUCUGGCUACUUCGUCAGGGAGUGGCGCUACCUCCAGCUGAUAUGUGCCUUACCUGUCUGCCUCAUACUGCUUUGCUAUCUGACCUUGAAUGAGUCACCCCGCUGGCUGGCACAACACGGCCGUGGGAAGGAGGCGGCAGAGCUGUUAGUAAGAGCUUCGGAGUAUAACCGCUCACCCAUUCCGGGCACCUUCAAGCCUUUUCUCGACAAACUCAGAAAGCAGUCACAGGAACCGCCAACCAGCCCGCAGGAAGUCCAGGGUCAGCAGUCCCCCAAAGAGGCCGCCAGUAAGCGUUUGGUAGAGAAGAUGAAAGCCAUGUGUCAGUACUUCAGGUCCCCAGCCAUGUUAGUGAUUAUGUUGGUGACACCUCUGAUGUGGUUCCUGGUAAACAUCAUCUUCUUCGCCAUAACACUCAAUGCUAAUAACUUCACGAGCACCAGCCCUUUUUUCUACGUGGGGUUACUAGGGGCCCUGCAGGCCAUAGCCUACCUGGCCACAAUACCCGCAAACCACAAAUUGGGCAGACGAAAAAUAAUAGGCGGAGGUGGUUUUUUGAGUGCUGUGUUCAUACUACUCGACAUGGUUGUUCCCCCAGAUAUGUCGUGGUUGAGAUGGGUCUUCGUUAUGGCUGCCUUCUGCCUGGGGUCCGGAGCCUAUCAGACGAUCGCCAUGUAUACCAGUGAGCUCUUCCCGACCAGUAUCAGGGUUCGAGGUACAGCUGUGUGCGUCUCCAUGGCGGGUGUCGGUUGUGUCAUAGUCCCCGUGGUCACUGAUGUCCUGGCGCAGAAGGUGUGGUGGUCGCCGGGGGUGACGAUUGCCGGGUCGGGAUUCUUAUUAAGCUUAGUCGUUUCCUUCCUGCCUGAAACCAACCUAAAGCCUAUGCCCGAGACUCUCCAAGAUGUUGAAGACCGAAUUAAGACCAACAACUCCUCCACAACACCACACUCAUUCCCCCAAGAACCUCCACUCGACCUCUCGUCGACCAAGGAGCAACUAGCAUAAAGAGAAUCGUCCAAGGAGCAACUAGCCUGAAGAGAAUCGUCCAAUGAGCAAUUAGCAUGAAGAGAAUCGUCCAAGGAGCAAUUAGCCUGAAGAGAAUCAUCCAAGGAACAACUAGCAUAAAAAGUAUUGUCCAAGGAGCAACUAGCAUAAAAAGUAUCGUCCAAGGAGCAACUAGCCUCCAGAGAAAUACUGCACUAUUUCUAAAUAUUCGUAUGACAAUUUACUCAAUAAUUAUCACAUAACAGUGUGUUGGUGUUAUGAUUCUAAACUUUCUGUAUCCUGAAUAUAGACAUAUGUACGACUUAAUAAAGAAACUAGAUCAUGUAAUGUACAGUAGGGGAGAGCGGUGAUGGUUCGGCCACUUUUUCGUAAAAUAUUUAUUGAGUUAAAUAAUGUAUGCAGACAAAUUGUACCGUCGCCAAAAUGUUGCCUUAUCCUUUGGCUCUUCUGUCUGUAAAAUGUAAAUAUUUAGCUCUGUUAGUUUUGGAAGAGGAAGGUAAUUAUUAGAGGUAUCUCAAACGGCCGAAAAAUCCCCCUAUGGGGGAUUGGUUAUAAAACACAAACGUUACGUUAGAAGCUGGUACGGUGCAGCCUGACUGAUCUGUAUACACCUUGGGCUGCCCUGGUGGUGUAAGAAUCUGUGUGUGUGCAAGACUCGCGUUCAAUAAUACUGUGCUGGAGAGAGGAGACUAAUAUAACACCUUCAACGUGAACUCUUAACAAAAUGUUAAUUGGUUACCUACGGACGAGGUACAGUAGGUUCAAAUGACUGUGCUCCGGGAGACAGUAAAUACUGUACCAUUUAUUAACUUCAAACAAUCAAAGAUUAAUAUCAACAUUUCUGUACAUA